UUCCAGCUACAGAUACGCUUCCCAACACCCUGAGCCACGGUCGCCCUGCUAAAGAGCAGGAAUCAUUUAAACUGCAGCGUGGUGUAUAGUUAGGGUGGGUGUAAAAUUCACAUGAUUGGGGUGUUAUUAAUGUCAAACUGUAGCAGAGAGGGGGCUUUGGCUUUUUAGCUCUAUAAUGAAAAUGUGCAAUUUUUGGUUCUUUUUCUGCUUAAAAUAAAAGCAUGCACCCCAUGCCACUCUUGGUAACUUCUCCAACUAAUGUAAUUUGUCAGUUUCAUAUAGCUAUAUCCUGUUAAGGCAAUAUUUUUUUCUUUAAUUGCUUAGAUGGUUUUAUUUGUGUUGGGAGAGCAAACCUGCCAAAGGCACAUACUGAUGUGCCAUCAUCGAGGUGUUGGACAACCUGUGUAACCUCUUUAGUGUCCACAUACUGCCUCAUACCAGUAGUGACAUUGAACCUAGCAAAGUUGGUGAAUUUUUAAAAAAAAUCAGUCAGAACAGAUUAGGGAAAAAAACAUCAGUGUAAAUGUCACCUGUAGAACCAUUCUUGUUUCUCAUUUCCCCCCUCUGGUCCACCUGUUGUUGACUUCAUUAAUACCAAAGCAGUUGAAAGUGAUGAAUAACCCCCUCUGCUACUUAACUGACUAGAUAAAUAUCCCAGAGCUUUAUCCUAGUUGUCGUUAUACUCUAAUUAUAAAAUUCUCCUUCAUUUUUUGGAGCAGUGUAUUAUAUAUUGUAAGACAGAUAACUCACAGGCCCGAGAAAUAAUGACAAUGCCACAAAGACGGAAACAGCGGUCGACAGAAUCAGCCUGGUUCUCAGAAAGCGCAGGGCCACACGAACUAGCGAGGCCUUCUCCGGGCCUCUCUUUGCCACUUCUUCCUUCCAGAGUCUCUGAAACCUGUCAGACACUCACACUCAGUGGGCUCAUUUUAACAACAAAUCAAGUCUUUUUCCAUGAUUAAAACAUCCUACAUUUGAUGUGGACAAUAUAGUCUAAUUUUUGAUGAAUCUUUGGCUCAAAUACAAAUUUCAUGAACUAGGUCUAUUAUGCAUUAGUAAUACAGUAUAUGAUAAAUGAGUGUAAAGAAAUGGGAAUCAGAGACCUUUGCGUACUAACGUCAGCAACAUCUGAAGGAGAUACUGUGAGGGUUGAUAUAGUAACUACAGCACAAGUCUUUUAUUGAAAGUAGGCUUUUUUGAAUAUGUUUAACUCUACUUGCAAGUCUACGCCUCAUAAGAAUCAAGUUUAACAUACUGGGUGCAUCUUUUUAUUGUGUGGCUUCACUUAUGCCAACAAGAACACGAGACGCUGGUCAUUACAGGUUUUUCCCAAUCGAGGAUGACUGUCAAACGGAGACAGAUCCAGAGCUGCAUAUUUACUGGGAAUAACUAGUAAAUAUGACUUUAACAAUAAACUUUCUGAAACAGAGGUGCUGCAGCCCAGGCAGAAACAGAGAUAACAAUGUCUAAAUGGGGUAAAUGCCUAAUCAGUGACACUGUUAUUUCACGUAGGCACGGGAGGACGUCUCUUGUGCUCUUUUAGGAUUUUUUAAUGGUCUAGAGCAAAUUAAAGUACUUUAAAACUAGUAUUUUACUUAGACCUAAAUAAAGGAAAAAGUUCUCUCUUCUGAAUCGGAAUUUUCUCUACUAAUCACGCAAAUCGUCAGUUUUAGACAGUUUGUUAAAAAGAGAUACCUUCUUACCAUCUCCACACAGCGGUCCUCGGGAUUAUCUGCUGACGCCAUCUUUCUUGAGAAAUGAUUGGUUUCAAGGUUUGGGGUAUUUAUCAGGAACUUGACCUGCUCCCUGAAAAAACAAAAACUCUAGAGAAAAUACGCCUAUAGAGCCCAACUGCUUGACACUACAUGGAUGUAGAUAGGUAUCACGGGAAGAACAUGUUCAAGCUGUCGGGUUAAUAUUUUCCUUACUUACCACAGGUAGCCAAAUUUCACUGCGCAAAUAUUUCGACAUCUGGUUUUCCUGAGACCUUAUCAGAGAGGUCGGUCUGUCCUGUGACCCUUAUGCCCCAGGACUGGACAUCACAGACAUCACCAGUCCACACAGAGUCAUCAGAAAGAGGGAUACCUUGACAUAAAAGAACAAAAUGAAGAAAAAAUAUUCUCUGCGGGAGAAUGGCACUCGAAGACUCUCCUUUGCAGACGAUGGUGUCCGGUGGCGAACUGGAUCUGAGAUCAUCAAUCCAGAUGAUCCUUGUGUGCACAGCUGUGAAAUGGAUCACCCUUCCUCAUUUAGGAAAUAUCAGCAGAGCUUGCAGAUUCUCAAGCCCUUGCGUUUUUCCUCACCACAGCCCCACCCUGUGGACAAUGCAGGUUCCCUGUCCUUCAUAACUUUUGCCUGGAUGACCCCCAUAAUGUGGUCCAUUUUUAGGAAUAAGCUGGACAUCUCCGAGCUAAAGUUGUCUCCUUUUGAUAUUGCUGACACCAGUGCACAAAGGUUUCAGAGACUCUGGGAUGAAGAAGUGGCCAAGAGGGGUCUGGAAAAAGCCUCACUGGUUCGUGUGGCCUUUCACUUUCAACGAACCAGGCUGAUUGUCUCUGUCAUUGUUGGUAUUCUUGCCAUGGUUUCAGCAUUUUUGGGCCCGGCUGUGCUGAUCAGCAUAAUCUUGAAUUAUAUUGAAAACCCAGAGGAGUCAGUGUCCAACACAGUGUCCUAUGGUGUUGGUUUGUCCAUUGGUCUGUUCACCACAGAAUGUUGCAAAGCUCUCCUAAUAUCCUUGCUGUGGGCAAUAAACCUGCGCACAGCAGUGAGACUGAAAGGGGCUUUCUCUACAGUGGCUUUUCAGAAAAUCAUAUCGCUGCGGGUAUACAGCGGUGUUUCAAUGGGAGAGAUGAUUAACGUUUUGACCAAUGAUGGCCAGAGAAUGUUCGAGGCUGUACUGUUUGGGAGCUUUGUGCUGUCUAGCCCAGUGCUCUAUGUUUUGUGUAUUGUCUACGCGUGCUACAUCCUGGGCUACACCGCACUGACUGGAGUCUUCACAUAUCUGAUUUUAAUCCCUGUACAGAUUUUCAUGGCCAAGCUCAUAAAUAAAUUCAGAUGGAAGUCCUUAUUGUUAACCGACAGCAGAGUUCGCACAAUGAAUGAGAUUCUCAACAGUAUAAAGCUAAUCAAGAUGUACGCGUGGGAAGAUUCUUUUGAGAAGACGAUUACAGGCUUAAGGAAAAAUGAAAAGAAACAACUACAGAAGGUCAGUUAUGUCCAGAAUAUUAAUAUAAGCAUCGCCAACAUCAUACCCACCAUUGCCACUGUCCUCACCUUUCUGGUUCACACUUUGUUGGGAUUACCUCUCAGCACUUCUGAUGCUUUUACCACAAUUGGCAUCUUCACCUGCAUGAGGUUCUCCCUCGUUAUCCUGCCCCCGUCUGUGAAGGCUGCAGCUGAGGCUGUUGUAGCACUAAGACGAUUAAGGAAUAUUUUGCUGAUCCAGAAUCCUGAGCCCUACCUGAUGAAAAAGGUAGAUAAUGACUCGGCUAUAGUGAUGAAAAAUGCUACAUUUUCCUGGACCAGACCUGAAAGCCAGUCUUCCCCCCCACCCAGCACAGCCAACGUAGUGUCAGAACACAAGACAGCUGAGACUGAAUCCUCAUCAGCAUUGAAAAACAUCUCCUUCACACUGCCUAAGGGCAACCUGCUCGGUGUCUGUGGGAAUGUGGGAAGUGGAAAGACAUCACUGAUUUCCAGCAUUUUGGAACAGAUGUACCUUCUUCAGGGCUCCGUCACAGCCGAUGGGACAUUUGCUUACGUCUCCCAGCAGGCCUGGAUUUUCCACGGAACUGUUCAAGAAAAUAUCCUCAUGGGGGAACCUUUUGACCAAACCAAAUAUGACAGGGUUGUGGAUGUCUGUAGCCUCAGAGCUGACCUGAAGAUUCUGCCAUUCGGUGACCAAACUGAGAUUGGGGAGCGGGGGCUUAAUCUGUCAGGGGGACAGAAGCAGAGGAUCAGCCUGGCCAGAGCAGUCUACUCCAACAAGGACAUCUUCCUCCUUGACGAUCCUCUAUCUGCUGUUGACGCUCAUGUGGGGAAACAUAUUUUUGAAGAAUGCAUAAAGAAGGAGCUCCAAGGAAAAUCUGUCAUACUGGUUACACACCAGCUCCAGUAUUUGGAGUUCUGUGAUGACAUCCUGGUUCUGGAUGACGGGGAGAUCAGGGAGGCCGGAAACCACCAAACCUUGAUGAACGCCAGUGGACGCUAUGCUCAGCUCAUCAGCAAUUACCAGAUGGAACAGUCCAAAACUCAGAAUGAGGAGGGAGAGGAAGAGGAGGAUUUAUCAUCCCAGGAUGCCGCUGAGUUGAAAGAGGUUGAGCUCAGAUAUCGUGCAGACAGUGGGAUAGCAAACCCUGCAUUUGACAUGUCAGAUGAAAAGGAUCAUGAAACAACAGCUGAGCAAAAGCCUGCUGUCAAGUCUGAUGACCAGCUGGUCUGUCAAGAGUCCUCCACAGAGGGUGCUGUCUCCUUAAGAACCUACCACCGGUACUGUCAAGCAGCUGGAGGCUACUUUCUUGUCUUUCUCACCGUCCUGAACAUGGUCCUGAUGAUGGGAUCCACAGCCUUCAGCAACUGGUGGCUCAGCUUCUGGCUUGGAAUGGGUAAUGGGUCAUCGACUAACCCAGGUUCAGAUCCAGGUGACAUCUCAAAAAAUCCAGACCUGCACUAUUACCAAACGAUUUAUGGUGUGAUGAUGCUCAUCAUGGUGGUACUUGCCCUCUUCAAAUGCUUCUUUUAUACUUACGUCACCUUGAGGGCCUCCUGCAAACUCCACAACACAAUGUUCAAGAAGAUUAUUGGCAGUCCAAUGAGUUUCUUUGACACAACUCCAACAGGCCGAAUUCUAAACCGUUUCUCUAAAGAUCAAGAGGAGGUGGACACUGUGCUUCCUCUUCACAUGGAUUCUUUCCUGCUGUUUUGUCUUCAAGUCACAUUCAUAAUUAUCAUCAUCGCAUCCGUUUUUCCAUACAUGCUUGUGGCUGUAGUUAUCAUGGGAGCUUUGUUUGCCCUCAUUCUGUUCCUAUUCCAAAGGGGUAUUCGUCAUAUGAAGAAGAUGGAAAAUAUCAGCCGUUCUCCCUGUAUCUCACUAAUGACUUCUACACUGCAGGGCCUCAGCACCAUCCAUGCUUACAACACAAGAAACAGUCACAUAGAAAUGUUCAAGUCCCUGAAUGACAUCAACUCCAAUCACUUUUUAUUGUUUCAUUCUGGCACCCGAUGGCUUUCUUUCUGGCUGGACUUCAUGGCUGCUAUGACGACCUUGUUGGUGUCUCUGUUUGUGGUGCUUAGCAGUAAUGACUUAAUCGCUCCAUCCUUGAAAGGCCUGGCCCUAACCUAUACCAUACAGUUGACAGGCAUGCUUCAAUAUGUAGUAAGAACGUCAACGGAAGUGGAAGCAAGGUUCAACUCAGUGGAGCGACUGCAGGAAUACAUCACGGAUUGUAAGUCUGAGGCCCCCAGGCAUGUUAAAGAGGCUCAGAUCCCACAGGACUGGCCUAGCAGUGGGGGGGUCUCCUUCGUAGACUAUAAGAUGAGGUACAGAGAGAAUACACCAAUCGUCCUAAACGGCCUUGAUUUCCACAUUCAACCUGGAGAGAAGCUGGGGAUCGUGGGAAGGACUGGCUCUGGGAAAUCCUCUUUAGGAGUAGCUCUAUUCAGACUAGUAGAGCCUGUAGCAGGAACCAUAAAGAUAGACGGAGUUGAUAUUAUGUCCAUUGGCCUGCAGGAUUUGCGCAGCAAGUUGUCCAUCAUCCCUCAGGACCCUGUGCUGUUCAUCGGUACAGUAAGGUAGUGAACCAGAAGUA